AUGGCGGCGCCGCCGCGCGGCGCAGCAGAGCCCUCCUCCCUGCCGCUUUCCUCCCUGGAGGAGGUGCUGCGGCUGCGCAAGCUGAUCUCGCGCGCCGCCCCCCCGCCCCCCGCGCAGGCGGGCUCAACAGCAGCAGCAGCAGCAGCAGCAGCAGCAGCAGCAGCAGCAGCAGCAGGCCAGGAGGGGCCCCCCGUGGACGCGGAGGCCGUGCUGCAGGCCCUCAGCGCCCUCAACUCCCUCGCCGUCAGCCGCAGCCUUUUGGCCAAAACCAAAAUCGGAGUUGCUGUUGCUGCGCUGCGCAGACACCCCAACCCCCAGGUGCAGCAGCGCAGCGCAGCGUUGGUGGCCAAGUGGAAGGCCUCAAUCGCGCAGCAGCAGCAAACUCCCCGCGCUGCGAAGCAGCAGCAGCAGCAGCAGCACCAGCAGCAGCAGCAGCAGCAGCCUGCAGGCCCCUCCAGCGGCGCCGCCCCCUCCCCGCCCCCUGCAGCACCAGCCCCAUCUUCCCCAGCAGCAGCAGCAGCAGCGCCAGCAGCAGCAGCAGCAGCAGCAGCAGCAGCAGAAGGUGAGGCGGAGGGGGCCCCGCUGCAGUACCCGGGGCCCCUGUGCGGGGACGCGCUGCGGGACAAGGCGCGUGGCUUUUUGUGGCGGGCGUUGGUGGGUGGCGUGGACGCAGCAGCAGCAGCAGCAGCAGCAGCAGCAGCAGCAGCAGGAAGCGAGGCCGCGGCUUCGAGCGACAAGGCCGUGCCGGGCGGCCCCCCCGCUGCAGCAGCAGCAGCAGCAGCAGCAGCAGCAGCAGGAGGCCCCACAGCGAGCCGCGAAACCGGACAAAUUGCUGCAGCAAUCGAAGACGCGCUGUGGACCCGGUUCGUGCUGCAGCAGCAAAACAUGAAGGAGUACAACUUGCAGCUGAAGAGUUUGAAGUUCAACUUGGGAGAUCCGAAGAACCCGGACUUGAACUUGAAAGUGUUGUGGGGUCUGUACACCCCGCAGCAGCUCGCAUGCAUGCGCAGCAGCGAGCUCGCGAGCGACGCUAAGAAGCGGGAGCGGGAUCGGCAGCAGCAGCAGAGUUUGGAGGCCUGCAGGAGCGACUGGGAGCUGCGGCGGCUUGCUGCUGCUGCUGCAGCAGCAGCAGCAGCAGGACAGUUCCCCUGCUUCAAGUGCAAAACUCACAAGACUGUUUACUUCCAAAUGCAGACUCGCAGCUCCGACGAGCCCAUGACCACCUUCGUCACUUGCCUCAACUGCGGCAACCGCUGGAAGUUCUAG